AUGAAGGUAUUCCCAAAUUAUAUAUUCCUAGAUAUCAAAUUGCCAGAUUUUAGGAGGAGAAGAAGGAUCCAGAAGACGAAUUCUUAAACAUUAUUUACUUAGAUUGAGAGGAUUAAGGAUUCAAUUAAUUAUGAAAUGA